GUUCCGUCCGCCAUGCCCUCCACGGUUGGAUUCUAUAAUAUCUGCAAUGCAGACCCAGGAUACCAAACGUGGAGGGCGUUGAAAUUAGACAAAACCUAAAAAACUGCACCCAAAAGCCCGAAAAAUGGAACUAGAAUAUUCAACAGUGUCGUCUGAAGCCAGCACAGAGAGUUCAGAAAUAUCUCAAGAACUAAAUACUCUCGAAGAAUGUCGAAUAGAAGGUGUGCGUCUACAACUUCCACAGGGCUUGUGCGAAAACAAGGAGAUAUUCAAGGAAUUUUUCUCUUUAAAGACAUGGCAAGAGUGUUUUACAGAGCAACAGAAGCAGCACCUCAGGAAUUUUCUACCAUCUUUCCCUGAGAAUGAUGCACAAGAAAAAGAUGAGACCCUCCGUAGGUUGUUUGCUCGAGAAAAUAUGCGGUUUGGUGUGCCGCUCAACGACUUUCACAUGCGGCUUAAAAAUGGCUUCUUCAGGCCCGACAUUGCCAAAAUGAGAUCACUUAUUCGGAAGGCAGAAGAGCGAGAAUAUGGAAUGUGGCAGCGGAACUACUUCAGAAGAGUGAUGAAGGCGGUACUGCUGUCUCGUCAACAUUACUUGGAAGAAGCAAUGUCACAGCCACCCGGUCACCACCGCCACACUCGCCCGAACGACACGAUGUCUCAUCAACCGUUCUCCACUUCUCCAGCAGAAUCGUUGCCAGGCUAUACAAACAAUGCAUCCUUUUCUGCAGCUAAAAAAAUUGCUGCAGAAAGCCGUGCUCGUAGACGCUACUUUCGAGAGCUUGCUGCUGUCCGUGAGGAAGUUGGCCAGAGUGACCACAGUUCUGAAGAUGAGAACUAUCCUGAAGGUCCUCCGCCCAGACUGAGCAAAAGGCAGAAACGGCAACUGGCGGCUCUUCAGAGCUCACUGCGGACGGACUCCGGCGGAUUCGUCGCCGGCGGGGAGAACAGUCCCACGCGGCAUUGGCCCGCCGUCGCGUCUACUCUGUCUGUCCGGUCGGGGGAUGUCGGCGGUGGUGCCGGGGACCUUCUGCUGGCCGGGCUGGAUGCAGGGUAUGCCAGUGCGAGUGGCAGCCUGUACGAGCCAGGGGAGGAGACCUACCGCGCCAUGCUCUACCGCCACAAGAGGCGAAGAUCGCACGGAGAUUCACAUCCGGAUCUGGAGACCCACGGUAUCUCGAUACACGAUGUGGCGACGAGGGCGCAGAUGGCUAAGAGACCGAUUCCCGCGACACCUCCGCUGCGCUGCCCUCCCUCUGCCAGCCCCACACCCAAUGCUACCUCGUCGCCUGUUAGCACACCUAGUCACCACUACCAGCAGCAACGAGCGGCGACACCACCGAGUACACCUCACGAGGGAGGGAAGGUGACCGUAAAGCGUCAGAACGUGCCGGCGAGGGCAGGGAGUGGGAAAGGAAGCAGUGCUGACCAUCAGCAUCUCAACAACAGGGCGCCUCAUCUUCGCAUUGCUAGCCCACAGGUAACCAAUGCUGGAGCCAACAGUUCAGAGAGCUCAGAAAGUGGGGAUGAAACUGAAUCUGAAUCGGAAGAUGCUGUCGACGAUAAGACAGGCCUUUUGCCAAUGUCUGUUAAAGAAGAGCUUAUGGUGCUACCAGAAAUUAAGACAGAACCUAUUGAAGACACAGAACCAUCCCCCAGGGCAAAAGUACGGCGGACUAACAGCGUUGGGUCUUCACCUCGAGGUGCCGGGAAAGCAGUGCAAUCGCAAUCGCAUCUGAACAACCGUAGUAGUCAGCAGCAACAGCAACAGCAGCAGCAACAACAACAACAGCAACAGCAGCAGCAACAGGUGCAGGUGAAGAUGGAGCCAGCAGAGACAGUGCACCAGCAGGUGCAGAUGAUAAAGCUGGAGCCGGGUGAGGCGUGGACCACCAAGCAGGACGGCUCGGCCACGAUAGUGCUGGACCGGCACAGCUCGUCAUUGCUGCAACAGCAACAGCAGCAGAAGCAGUUGCAGAGGCAGGAACAGCAGAAGCAACAGCAGCGGCCAGAGCACAAGCAGCAGAAGCAGCCGUACCAGCCGCGCCUCGUACACGUCCGAAAGGCCUACAACAUCGCCACCCUGCAGGACCUCGACGGCAUCGACAUGAUGAACCUGCCUGUCGACCUGGAAGAUUCUUCUGACAUAAAGCCGGCUCCUGAGCUGAUGCAGGAGACGCACACCUGCUUUUUCUCGUUGAUCCGAGAUGUGAUUUGCUCGACGGUGCAACACCGGAUGGCAAUGCCGACCCUCCAGGACAGGUUGCGGGCCUGGCAGGAGAACCCCAUCUCGCCCCUCAACGACUGGUACCACCUGGCACCUGACUCGUGGGUCAGCUUGCUGCCGUCUGCCAUCGGUUUCCUCUGUGGUGACUACCCUGAUUUUCAGCCAGACGAAUUUGUGCCGUAUUUGGAACGCAAACCGAACCAAGCGUACCAGUGGAUUGGUGCCGGGAGGGACUCCGACUCCCACCUGCUGCCACUCUGCCAGCACUGGCUGCUGCGCCGGGACGAGAUGCGAGCCGUCGGGCCACGGCCGCCACCGCCCCCGGCGCAGCACGGGGGACCUGGCGGGAGGCGGCACUCCCACCACGGCCGAGAGAGGGAGAGGGAGAGGGAGAAGGGCAGUGCGGGGGCAGAUCACGUGAGGGUGGCGGACGCCUCGGAGGGAGACGGCGGCGAGGUGCUGGGGCAGAGCACGGAUGACGACGACCGUGCACAGUCUCCACCGCCGCCCAGAUGCCCCACGACUUGGGUGGUGCGGCCCAGCACUGCUGCCGAGAAGGAGAUCUACCGGGAGCAGGAACGCCGCCGAUAUGAAAAUCCUCACAAGGCUUUCACUUUUCGGAUGCACGGUUACGAAUCUGUUGUGGGUCCCGUCAAGGGAGUUUACAAUCAGAGUGCUGGGCCCAAUAAGCCACGAGGGCAUUCUCUGCUAGUUGGUGAGAGGCCAAAUUUUGUCACCAUCCUAGCACUCGUGCGUGACGCGACGGCCCGCCUGCCCAACGGCGAGGGCACGCGCUCCGACAUCUGUGAGCUGCUGCGUGACUCUCAGUACUUGGCCCCGAUUGCCCAGGAGAACUACCUGCAUUCUGUGGUGAGCGGGGCACUCGACCGCCUCCACUACGAGCCGGACCCCUGUGUCAAGUACGACACCAAGCGGAAGAUCUGGAUAUACUUACACCGUGGCCGCUCUGAGCAGGAAUUUGAGAGACUCCACCAGCAACAACAAGGUGUGACGAAGGCUAAGAAGCCCCUCGGACCACGUAAGCCCAGUGGACGGCGCCCGAGGCAAGAAUCUCAGCAAGGGGGUGUGCUGGCCAGCAUCACUUCUGGAGAGCAGUUGCAGUCGACCACGACAGCGUCCUCUGCGGGUGGCGCAGCUCAGCAGGUGGUGGUCACUACUGCGCCAGGGAAGGGCGUGCCAGUGGUCGGCGCCGUGGCGGGGGGACGUGGUGGGCGCUCGAGUGUGCACCAGCAGAUCAGGGUUGCCGGUAGUAAUGCGGGCACCGCCAUCCACAACCUGCAGGUGACCACGUCGGCUGGCCAGCAAACAAUACAGGUAACAACUUCGCAGAACCUGCUGCCUGCCGCGGGAAAAUCCCUACUCGCAGUUUCAAAUCCCGGGGUGGGCUCCGUGCGCGGCACAUCACUCGCGCAGGCCGUGGCUGCCUCCAACGUAGUGACGGCAACCUCGGCAGCGACUGGUCUGCCCGCAUCCUCCCAGCAGCAGCAGGUGGUGAAGACGGUGACGCUGACGGCACAGCAAGUGCAGGCAGUCGCGUCUGCGAGGGCGGCAGCGGCCGCCGUGACAGUGACUGCACCGACCACGACCGUAGGCGCCACGUCGCUCAGGAUGGUGGGUACUGCCGGAGCUGUGACCCGUGGCGCCAAAGGGGGCAAAGCUGGCAAAGGUCAGGGCCGAGAGAGGGUGCGCAGGACGCAGCCGAUCACAGCAGCGAGUCUCAUGACGACAAUGGCGGGUGGCAAUGUGUCGCUUUCAGGAGGACAGGUUGUAACGGGCACCGGCAUUGCCACCACCGUCACCUCCCCUCUGGUUCGACAGGUUGCGGGGCAACAAGUUGUUAAUCUGCAACAGCUGCAGCUGCUGGGUGGGUCCCGCAGCCCGCAGCCCCAGCAGCAGCAGCAGUCGGCCUCUGGCGGGUCACCGAAGCUGCAGGGCACGGCAGUGCAGCAGCAGGCACAGCAGGUGGUGGCAGGUGGGAAGGCAGUGGGGCUGACGGGCGUGAAGCUGGUGGGCGCCGUGAAGGCCCUGCAGCAGCCGGGCGCCGACCAGCAGACCAUCCUCAUCAAGCAGGGCUCGGCCGUCACCACGCAGCAGGUGUCCUCCCAGCAGCAGCAGGUGCUGCAGCAGCAGGCCAAGGCGAUAGCACAGCUGCAGCAGCAGUUACAGCAGCAACAACAGCUGAAGCAGCAGCAGCAACAACUAAAGCAGCAGUUGCAGCAACAGCAGCAGCUGAAGCAGCAGCAAACUACGAUUGCCACUGUCGGUGGGACGGUUGUGAGUGCGGCCCAGCAGAGAUUAGUCACAUCCGUGUCGGUCCUCGGGAGCGGCCAGCCGCAGACUGCACGGGUCGUCACCAGGGUUGGUGGGAAACCGGUACCAGUUGCCAUCUCCACGCAGCAGCAACAACAACAGCAGCAGCAGCAGCACCAGCAGCAGCAGGCACCUGUGGUGGCAAAGGUGUUUACCAAUGCGCAGGGCCAAGUUAUCUCCAUGGAAAGCCUCCUGGCACACCAUAAGCAGCAUGGGACUCUCCCACAGGGGACGGCGUUACGUGUGACGACAUCGACAGCCGCAUCCGUUAAGGCACAGCAACAGCAGCAGCAAGUGUCUGCUCCCACGGCCAGCCUCAUACAGAUACCGGGAGCAGCGACGCAGUUUGCGGUUGUGUCGCAGGGCAGCCUGUUGUCGGUGGCGGGCAGCGGAGCCAGUGCACAGACGACCUCUGCCCCCAGAAUACUGCAAGCUACCCAGUUACAGCAGCAGCAACAGCAGCAGGCGGCAGUGAAACUGGUGCAAACGCAGGGAGGCACCAUAGCGAGCACUGCGCAAGCGACGCAACUGAGAGUCGUGGGGACGGCGGGCGCUGCAACGGCAGCUGGCAUCAACUUGGCACACAUCGGUGGCAAGCCCGUCAUCAUUGCGGCAGGCAAAGGGCAGGCAGCAGGCCAGAAUGUCCUGCUGACGACAACGCAAGCAAGCAGCGGGCAGACACAGCAGCAGACGGUGGUCCUCGCGUCGAGGGCGCAGGGCGGGGCCCUUGUGCUGCAGCCGGGGGCUGCUGGCGGGGCGCAACAGAUCCUGCUGCCACCGGGCGCACUCAACCUGAAGACGCUGCAGGGACUCAAGGUCAUCCCGCUGUCUCAGGCCACGGCAGCUGCCGCAGCGAAAGGUCGGCAGCAGGUUUACGCACGCAUCCUGAGCCCUGGCAUCCGAGCUCAGGGGGCGACUAUUGCUACCAGUGCAGCCAACAUCAUGGUUGCAGCACAGCAACAGCAAUCGGGAGGAGUGGCAGCACAUGCUGUCGGAGGUGCGGGUGACAACGCCGGAUCUGGGACCAACCCUGACCAGUGAAGCUGUAAAUGUAUUUAUAAAUUGCAUGUUAAACAUGUUAGAUUGGACUGCUAAGAAGAUGAACAGAGUAUGCUCUCGGACUGGGGUAAAGCAAAACACCAGCGAGGACCCAUCAGCUGUUGAAAACUGCUCGUCUGCUGUUAACACAGUGUGAACACUUAAGUACCUGAAUGCCUAACAUUGCUGAGAGAGCAUGAGCUCACCACUGACAUGAUUUCUUUUAUUAUGCAUUGUUUGUGCCGUACAGAAAAAUCCUGUUCUUUUGUAAUUUUUUUUUUUAAUGUAGAAAAAAGAGUGAACUACUUCAUGGCUAAGUACAUUCCUUCAGAAAGUACUAAUCCGUACAAUUUUUUAAAUGUGUUUUACUAUGGAGAAGGAACAAUGCUUUCUCAUAUGACCUAUUCUAAUCAGUUAUAUAGAUUACCACAUUUUGUAAUUACUUUAUUUUUGCUGGUGCAUUGUGGCAGGCUUGUGUAUAAGUACAGAGCCAAAACAAUUUAAAAAUUGUACCCAACAUUCAUUAUUGAAGUUGCGCACCCAAAAGAAAUUAAUGUAAUAUGUGACUUUUGCAUUACUUUUCAGGAUG